UUUUUUAUUAUUGAAUAAUUCAUUCGAUGGGACGAGGAUUUAUCGAUGAGUGGUGAAAAAUAAAAAAAAUAAAAUGUACUCGAUGAACUGUUAUGUCACGUCAUAUUGCACUUGAAAGGACACGAAUGCGGCUGCCCUGACGAUCAAUAAUUGGGGAUUCUAUACCCUUUAUACUUUAUUCCGUGGAUCAACUCAGAAAUUUGAUUCGUGAGUGAAACUACAUGGGCUGUUGACUGACGUUCCUUAUGUGGCGUGAUUCAUCAAGGAUUUCGAAUAUAUUUAUUCGUCUGUCUUAACGAAUAAUUUCCGGCUAGAUAAUGGUGUCUCUGGAAGACAGCUGGAAGGAGGCGACAGAUGGAUUUAACACUGAGGCUUGUGAUUCAUGGUUCACAAGGCUGCAGGAAGUUUACUCAGAGGAGAAGAGGACGUACCAUAAUUUGGAUUCACUGAGAGAGAAAUUGGGUCAUUACAAUGAUGUCAAGUGUCUGCUGAAAAAUCCCAGGGCACUCCUCCUUGCAUUGUUUUUCCAAAAUUUUGAAUACGAUCCCAAGGCUCUGGAUGGAGAAAAUCAGAACAUAGAUCAUUUUGUUGCCUUUGCUGGUGAAGCAGAAAUACCAGAGGAUGAUGAAUUACGUAAUGAAACUUGCGCAUUACUGAAAGCAGCAGCUACUCACAGUACAGAGGAGCACAAGGUUGAUGGUGCCUUCGGCAGUGAAGAUGCUCACUACCUGUUAGAUUUAGACAUGGCUGUUCUAGGCUCAGCAUCAGAGGCCUAUGCUGAAUACAGAGAAAAAAUCCGUGGAGAAUAUUCUUUUCUCAGCGAGCCUAUGUACACAGCCCUGAGACUCAAGGUACUGCAGAACUUUGUACAAAUUCCGAAUAUAUUUGCGACUAAGGAGUUUCGGGAGAAAUUCGAGGAGCAAGCCAGAUUAAAUAUCCAAGCUGAAGUAGAAUUGCUGUCUUAGGAGUUAUUCGACAUUGUUGCCCUACAAUCGAAUCAUUAUGAGAAGACAAUUAAGGCGUCUUGGUUUUCUUUUUGAAUAAAUAUUUAUCUGUUAUGGGUACAUCCUGAUUUUUGGAAUUGAGCUUUCGUACUGCUGUGCAGAUUUUAUGACUUGUCAUUGAAUUAUGAAUAAGUAGAAUGAAAAUCUUCAAUUUGUGGUCUCCGUAAAUUGCUUAGGUGUUUAUAAGCUAUUCGUUGAUCUCAGGAAGAUGUGUGAAAAAAUUUCAAAUAUUUUUCUCACUGAGAAUUAGUACGUCAGUCAUGCCAAAUAUGUGAAUUUCUUGUUGGAAAUAGUAGGAGAACUGCACAAUUAAGCAAUUCGGUAUGACUUAUUGGUGGAAUUGUCAUUGUAUCUAAGAGAAAAGUAAUGAGUGCGUAGAAAUGUUAAUUUUCAAACUAAUUUAAAUUCAUGUUCAGAUAAGGGACUUUUUGGCUGAGAAAAAUGUGGCAAUGAACUAAUGAAAUUUUGCUGCAUGAAUUUUCGCCGAAAAAAAAAACCAAAUAUCUGCAAAAUUGUUUUAAAAAAAUUGUUCACUUCAUAAGAGAAGGCGGUAACUAUUUGAGAACGAUCUGAAGAUGAUAAAUAUUUUAAUUAAUUAUUUAAAGAUGCGAGGUGGAGUCGCCGCCAUUUUAACACCCUUUGCUGGGAAUGCGCGAACAAGAUGGCGGCGCCAAAAUCUGUCACUCGUCUCGUAUUUUAUGUUCAUUCAAUUUUUCAUUGAAAAAAACAAUUAUUCAUUUCUGCUUGAGAAUUCAUGACGCAAAAUUUGUUCUUUAUUUCUUUCUAGAAGAAACACGUAGAUCCAACAAAAUUAAUGACCACGUUAUCACGUUUUGAUUUUGUAAGCUAUUUUAAUUGUAUUUUAUCAAUGUUAUUCAAUAUAUUCUGUGGUAAUCCGGAGUAUUCGGACUGAAACGACUCAUUUUUCGAGUUUACUACGAAAAAGCUUGUGUAAACAGAUAAUUUGUAAAAGUUGAACAGAAAUAGAAUUCACGAACUCAUCGAUUAAAUCAGACAAUAUGUACAUACGUAAUUGUGGAAAAAAAAAUAAAUUGAUUUGUGUUUAAUGUCAA